UGCUCUCGGACACUCCAAAGGCCUGUCCACUGGAUUCUUUAAAGGACCAACACUGCAUCUGGAAACACUCCUGGUACACCAAUGUGGGCUUCAAGCAGAAUGGCCAGCGCAAAACGGCUUGGAUUCAGUAUAUCCAUAUGCUUGUGCUUCAUGAUGAACCUCAUUACAAUUGUAUUGUCUGGGAGCACCGGACCACCCAGCAAUGGCCAAGGCAGCAGCCCAUUGGACAACCUGCUGCUUCAUCAGCGAAUGAAGAGAAGCUGGGUGUGGAACCAGUUCUUUGUUCUGGAAGAAUACACUGGAACGGAUCCUUUGUACGUGGGAAAGCUCCAUUCUGAUAUGGACAAAGGAGAUGGAUCGAUUAAAUAUAUCCUGUCAGGAGAAGGAGCGGGUGUCGUGUUCACCAUCGAUGACACUACUGGAGAUAUCCACGCUAUUCAGAGACUAGACCGGGAAGAGAGAUCCCAGUACACCCUGAGGGCCCAAGCCUUGGACAGACGGACAGGCCGGCCCAUGGAACCGGAAUCUGAAUUUAUCAUCAAAAUCCAAGACAUCAAUGACAAUGAACCCAAAUUCCUGGAUGGGCCAUAUGUUGCUUCAGUACCAGAAAUGUCACCAGUGGGCACCUCCGUUAUCCAAGUGACAGCAACGGAUGCUGAUGACCCUACCUAUGGGAACAGUGCCAGGGUAGUCUACAGCAUUCUCCAAGGACAGCCAUAUUUCUCUGUGGACUCCAGAACAGGUUUAAUUAGGACAGCACUAAUGAACAUGGACAGAGAAGCAAAAGAAUAUUAUGAAGUGAUUAUCCAAGCCAAAGAUAUGGGUGGACAGCUGGGAGGAUUAGCUGGGACAACCACCGUCAACAUCACCCUCUCCGAUGUCAAUGACAAUCCACCCAGAUUUCCACAGAAACAUUAUCAGAUGAGCGUUUUAGAAUCUGCUCCGGUCAGCUCUACUGUGGGUCGUGUCCUUGCUAAAGACUUGGACGAGGGCAUUAACGCCGAAAUGAAAUAUAGUUUAGUGGAUGGAGAUGGACUGGAUGCCUUUGAUAUUAUGACAGAUCCUAAUUAUCAAGUUGGCAUAAUCACAGUGAGAAAGCCCUUGAGCUUCGAGACCAAGAAAAGCUACACUUUAAAAGUCGAGGGUGCCAAUUCCCACUUGGAAAUGCGCUUCCUCAACCUAGGCCCGUUCCGUGACACCGCCACUGUGCACAUCAGCGUGGAGGACGUGGACGAGCCGCCCGUGUUCGAGCCUAGCUUUUAUUUUGUGGAGGUACCUGAAGAUGUGGACAUUGGGACCACCAUACAAAUGAUUUAUGCCAAGGACCCUGAUGUGACCAACAACUCAAUCAGAUACUCCAUCGAUCGGAGCAGUGAUCCCGGACGCUUUUUCUAUGUCGACAUUUCAACCGGUGCUUUGAUGACUGCACGACCCUUGGAUCGGGAAGAUGUGGCAUGGCACAACAUCACCGUGUUGGCCGUGGAGAUGAACAACCCUUCCCAAGUGGGCAGCGUGGCAGUCACAGUCAGAGUCCUGGAUGUGAACGACAACGCUCCCGAAUUCCCCAGGUUCUACGAGGCUUUCGUGUGUGAAAAUGCAAAGCCUGGACAGCUGGUUCAGACAGUGAGCGCUGUCGACCCAGAUGACCCGCAAGAGGGACAGCACUUCUACUACAGCCUGGCGCCGGAGGCAGCCAACAACCCCAAUUUCACUCUGAGGGACAAUCAAGACAAUACAGCUUGGAUUUUAACUAGGAGAUCGGGCUUCCGGCAGCACGAGCAGAACACCUUUUACCUUCCUGUCCUGAUCGCCGAUAAUGGACGCCCCAUGCUGAGCAGCACCGGGACUGUAACAAUCCGCGUCUGCAGCUGCGACGACAAAGGCCUCCUGAUGUCCUGCAACGCAGAGGCCUACGUCCUUCCGGUCACUCUCAGCAGAGGAGCACUUAUUGCCAUCUUAGCCUGCGUCUUUGUCUUGCUAGUGCUGGUGCUACUGAUCUUAUCGAUGAGAAGACACCGGAAGCAGCCUUACAUCAUCGACGAAGAUGAGAACAUCCAUGAGAAUAUUGUACGAUAUGACGAUGAAGGGGGAGGGGAGGAAGACACCGAAGCCUUCGACAUCUCUGCCCUUUGGAACCCUAGAGAGGCUCAAGUAGUCGUGAAGAGCAGGCAGGACAUGAUGCCCGAAAUAGAAAGCCUCUCCAAGUACGUUCCUCAGGCCUGCACGAUGGAUAGCAGCGUUCACAGCUACGUGUUGGCCAAGCUUUACGAAGCCGAUAUGGACCUCUGGGCUCCCCCCUUUGACUCUCUCCAGACGUACAUGUUUGAGGGCAACGGCUCCGUGGCCGAGUCGCUCAGUUCCUUGCAGUCGGUGACAACAGACUCAGAGCAAAACUAUGACUAUCUGACUGACUGGGGGCCCCGCUUUAAGAAGCUGGCGGAAAUGUAUGGCGCCACAGAAGGGAAUGGCGGGGGCCUUUGGUAACAAAGAGUUUCGGGCAGAGUAUAUUCAACACAGCCAUCGGAAUUUGUACUCGUCAGAUCUGAGGACCCCGGGUGAGGUGGCCUCCGACUACAUAUAGCAAUAUGGUGCUUGAGGGUGAAUGCGGAAGAGUGGAAAUUCAUACAAGCUCUCCCUGGAUCAGCUUUACUCAGUUAUGUUAAAAGUUACAUUUGUAAACAGUGAUAAACAGGAAAGGAAAAGGGGAGGGGCUUUCCUGGGCUUUUUUAAAAAAAACGGCUAAACUUGAACAAUUCAUUCCCGGACUAGAAUGACAUUAUCCUCUUUAGAUCAUCUUUUUCUAUUAUUAUUUUAAUGACAACUUAUUAAGUUCUUUACAUUUGGGUGGGAAGAUGUGCAGUUUUCAGUUCGCAAGGGAAUUGUCUACAGAAAGCCAUCCCAGUGAAUUCAGCCCUCCCUGUCUUGGUUCACGAAAUAAUGGCUUGCCAGCGAAUUCUCGAAGGCAUGACAUGAAGGGAAAUAAAAUCAAGAGAAUGGGGUUUCUGUCACCAGUAAGAGACUUUUAGUUCUUAAAAGGGGCCUGAAUUUUGCCACCUUGCCCACAAGGCUCUUGGUGGUGGAAAGCAGUUGAAUGGCACCCCGUUUGAAUAACAUCUGAUCGAUGGUCAUCUGCAUUAAUAACUAAUAUCAAAUUAAUGUAUAUUGAGUCUCACCUCAGCAUUUAAAAAAAAAAAACAGACCAGUGGCACUGGUUUAGAACGACAAGGAAAAAAGAUUGCCUCUUUUUUUUUGCACUGUAGAUACUUCUUCUGUGUGCCAAAUGUGAAAGGAAAAAAAAAAUUAGAUGCUACCAGUGAAAGCCAAAUAAAAUGAAAGAAGAUUUGAUAACUAUAUGGGUAGUAGGGGCUUUCCCAAACUAUGCGAGUUCCAACCGUUUACAUACUGUAGGUAACCUACUUGAAACAAAAUGCAGUAUUAUCGAGGAAUAAGUGGAUGUAAGAAAUAUUCCAUAUAUAAGUUUUGUAUAUUUGUUAAUAAUUUUGGUAAUAAAUAUCAUGUACUGGAUACAAUGCAGUACCUUAGAACCUCUUUUAAUAAAAAUUAAAUCAAA